AGGUGGACUACGACCCCGCGGUCGUGGCUCUGCUGCGGAGCCUCUGCAGCGAGAAGGAGCUGCCGCGCCUGCAGGGCCUGCUGACGGGUCCCUCGGAGGCCGAGGUCUGCGCGGACAGCGUCUCGGCCCUGAGCGUCGCCGUGCUGGACCACUUCGUGCGCCAGUGCCAGCACCAGCCCGAGAAGCGCACGGUGCUGAACCCGCUGGCGCCGCUCUUGCAGCAGCUGGUUGACGGCGACGAGGACCGCCCCCGCAGCGACGAGUCCUGGCAGCCCGCCGAGGACAGCCCCCGCGGCAGCUGGACCGUCGAGGGGCCGCGGGGCUUCUCCGACGUCGCCGUGCGCGCCUCGCGCGUGCUGCUGCACCUGGACUGGCCCACGGGCACCGAGGCCCUGGGCGCCUUCGCGCAGCGCUUCCGGAUGUUCGGAACACUGUCUCACCAUUCUGAAGAAUGCCGUCACAGGGCGUCCGGCAGAAUCGCCACCUCCGGCCUGCAGAACCAGCAGCAGGAGGAGCACGUGCGCGGACGCGGGCUCGUCGACCAGUUGUCCAUGGGGCAGCAAGCGCUGGCUGACUUCGGCGCGCGCCUGGCGCAGCUCGAGGAGAGGAGGGCUGGUCUCGGCGCUGCCCUGGGCAGCUUGCGCGAGGCCAGGCACUCCGUGUGCGUCAGCAUGGAUCGCCACGGCGUGAAGCACUCCAUCUUGGGCACGGAGGUGCAGGAGUUCCAGCGGAGGCUCGAGUCCAACGGCGAGCUCGAGACGAGG